UUUGAAACCAGUCGAACUACCGACUGUAAACAGUUAGUUAGGCCGAACGGCCGAUGGGACCGGUACGAGGCGCAGAGAUCGUGAAGCAGAUCCACCGUCACUUCGCCCCCGGGGUCACUGGGUUUAUAGAACCAUAAAACGACGGCCAAGCAGCUUUUCAAAUUGUAAAAGACUAUGAAAAAUUCAUACGGAGCCGUCAUCGAUAUGCAUGACUCGACCCCGACCCGCAUACCUCUCCCACCUCGUUCUUCCCUCGUCUCUUGCCUUUUCACCGCAUGGCCGCACGCAUGGAAACAUUCGUAAAUACCCUCGUGGCGUAUCGAUCUCGCGCCACGCACCAUGUUCAGAAAAGUGGCUCCGUUUUGAAAGUAUCAAGGCUCGUACUUUGCCUUCGAAGACGAUUUACAAGUCGGAAUGGUUUAUAGCAUCUAAAAUAGGUUCUUCGAGUAGGAACUUUCGAAACAGCCACGUUUCACGGCGCACGGGCGCCUUCGCUAGAGGGGAGUACAAAGAUAUGCUCGUCCCCAUCCCCACCAUCCCCCAUUCACUCCAUCUUGCUCGGCACGUUUCUCAUCUCGAUGUCACGACAAAUACCUUGCUUCCUUGUCGUCUGCAUCUGAUACAGUCGUGACGAGGAAGGCCGGCAAAAGUAGAAAAAGAAAGGGUUUUACGUGGAGGUAAAAUGCUGGAUGGAGAAAGAAAAGAUGCGACGUCCAGUGCUAGUCAAGUGGCACCGAUG